UAGUUUACAAAAUCUAGCUAUGGGAGAGAAUCUGAAUGAGUUGCUUCAAUCUCAAGCUCAUAUUUGGAGCCAUAGUUUGAAAUUUAUCAAUUCUAUGUCUCUAAAAUGUGCUGUUGAAUUAGGAAUCCCAGAUAUUAUCCAUAGCCAUGGCCAACCCAUGAGCCUCUCAAGUUUAGUUGCAGCACUCCAUAUUGAACCCACCAAAGCUCAAUGUCUUGGCCGCCUUAUGCGCCUUCUUGUUCAUUCUGGCUUCUUCACUACUCAAACUCAUGAUCAUGAGAAUGAGGAAGCUGAAGAUUUGAAGUAUAGUCUCACCCCAUCCUCUCGCCUUCUCCUUCGUCACAGCCGUAGCACCACAUUCCAAGCCAUACCCUUCUUGUUUCUUUGUUUGGAUAAAGCUUCAAUAGCUUCAUGGCAAUGUUUGAGUAGUUGGUUUUGUAGCUCAAAUAAUAAUGGCCAACAUUACUCUAAUGCCUUUGAAAUGGCAAAUGGGAAGUUCAUAUGGAACUAUGCUGCUCAAGAACCAAGUUUUGCUAAUUUGUUUCAACACACAAUGGUUUGUGAUUCUGAAAUCAUUGGUAAAAUAGUGAAGGAGGAGUGUGGUGAAGUGUUUGAAGGGUUGAACUCAUUGGUUGAUGUUGGUGGUGGUGUAGGUGUUAUGGGAAAAGCCAUUGUAGAGGCAUUCCCACAUAUUACUUGCACUGUAUUUGAUCUCCCACAUGUGAUCUCUAACCAACUACUACAAACUCAAACUAACUUGAGGUUUGUUGGCGGAGAUAUGUUUGAAGAAAAUAUUCCCCCAGCAAAUGCAGUUUUGCUCAAGUGGGUUUUACACAAUUGGAAUGAUGAACAAAGCAUUAAGAUAUUGAAGAAGUGUAAAGAUGCAAUUCCAAGCAGAGAGAGAGGUGGAAAAUUGGUCAUCAUAGACAUGGUAAUGGAAAACAAAACAGAAGACAGAGAGUCAACUGAAACUCAACUUUUCUUUGAUGUUUUGAUGAUGGUCAAUCUAAAUGGGAAGGAAAGAACUGAGAGAGAAUGGAAGAAUCUAUUUAUGAAAGCAGGUUUUAGUGAUUACAAGAUCAUUUCUAAGUUGGGUUUAAGGUCCCUUAUUGAGGUCUACCCUUAACCCAACAAUUAUUAGUUUUUUUAUAAGCACUAGAAUUUAUCUGAAAUUUUUACUACUUAAUUUUGCUUUUCUAUUUCAUAGGGUUUGUAAGAACUUGUGGUGUACAACAUGAAUAAACAAAACAUCACAAUAAAGUUUUACGUAUUUAAAAUGAAAUUUUUAUUUUUUUGUUUAGUAUAAUUAAUAAUUCAAGAUGU